GUGCAUUCGCGUUUAUUAUAGUCGACUAUUAUUAUAGCUCAUAUUACCAUCGCUGUUACGACUUAUUGCCCUAACAAAAUUAUACAAGAUGCCUGUUCCCGACACUUUCCUAGCGGCUACAGUCAACCAGCCCCACGCCCAACAUGUCGUUUCCAACCGCUCAUUGCAACCACUUGAAUCGGGCGAAGUUGCUAUUAAAAUCACUGCCACGGCCAUCAACCCGGUUGACUGGAAGAUCCGCGACUACAAUGUCUUUAUCAAAGAGUACCCUGCCGUGCUAGGAUCGGAUGCCGCCGGAGAGAUCGCCGCUGUUGGACCCGAUGUCUCUAAUUUCGCUGUUGGCGAUCGGGUAUUCUUCCAGGGAAUCAUUGGAAGAUAUGACUCGUCUACCUUUCAACAAUACUGUAAGAUGCCGGCCGCACUGGUCUCCAAGACGCCCAGCAACAUUAGCGACGACCAAGCUGCCGGAAUAAGUCUCGCGACCAUGGCUGUUGUCACAGCAUUCUACGACAAGUCCGGCCAAGGGUUGACCCCACCAUGGGACCAGACUGGCCCGCAGGUUGGAAAUGGCAAAGCCAUAGUGAUCAUCGGAGGCGCCUCAUCUGUGGGUCAAUAUGCCAUUCAAUUAGCUAAACUGUCGGGCUUUGAAAAGAUUAUUACCAAUGCAAGUCCUCAAAACCACGAGUGCCUCAAAAAGCUAGGCGCACAUAUUGUCCUGGACCGAGCCCAUUCGACCCCGGAGGAUUUCAAGGCUGCAAUCGGCGGGCUACCUUUGGAAUUUGUGUUCGAUACUAUCUCGGUGAAAGCAACGCAAGCAUUGGGUGUUGAGAUUGUCCGGGCUACAGAAGGCGCCGAUAAGAUCGUGACGGUCCAGGGUGCCGACUCGGAUGCUAUUGCCCUCGGCCAGUCGAAAGAGCCAAAGGUAGCGGUGAAGCAGGUCUUGGGAUUAGGUAGCUCCCCAGCAUUGCGUCAUCUCAGUGAGCCUCUGGUGAAGCAUCUCGGCGGCGAGGACGGUUAUAUCGCUAAGAACCUUUUCGUCCCCAACCGGGUGCAUCUGGUUCAAGGAGGACUGAAUGCCGUGGAACAGGCGCUUGCGAAGAAUAAGGAAGGUGUAUCUGGCGAGAAGGUUGUAUUCCGCCCCAAUGAAUGAGUGAAUUGAGCAUACAACUAUAUAUACUUGCAAUAUCUGUAAUAUACAGCAGCUAGGUUCAUUAGUUCUCUUUCCGCCUGUUGUUUCCCUUUAGCAUGUUCUUAUGCUCAAACCUUGCUCCUUUGCUCUCGGCUGUAAGAGGCCCUAACAAAGCUCGACUGAUUGGCUGAAGCUUCUGUUUACAUGUUAUCGUACAUUUUCUACCAGAUGGACGCAGAGAAGCUC